AUGUCGAAGUUUCCAAAUACCACAUCGCUCGUCAUUGGCUCCGAGACCGACGUUUCUACUUAUCCCACCAAUCCGAAUGCUACGCUGCAAGAGUCCGAUUUUGCCGGUCGGAACAUCACUCCAAUCGAUUUUUCCAAGUCUUCACUGGAAAUCAAUGACCUGCGAGCAGUCGAUUAUUUUGGCGACGGCAGCUUCUAUUUGCUGGACACUCCGGGUCAUAUCGCGGGGCAUCUAACUGGCCUAGCCCGCGUCACAGCCAACCCGUCUACUUUCAUCCUGCUUGCUGGAGACACUUUCCACCACGUCGGCGAAGCCCGCCCCCGCCCGGCACUACAGGCGAAUUUCCCAUGCCCCGCCCACAUCGUAGAGUCAAGCCGCGGACAUGUCUCCACCGACUACUUCUUCUCCCCCGGCUCGCGGGACGGCGCUUUUGACAUUCUGUCCCGAUCUGAGUCUCUCCUCCGGGUCUCCGACACCCCAGACUCGUUCUACGAGGACCCUGUGGUGGCCGAGGUCUCGCUUGAGAAAGUCGCGCGCGCUGGGAUGCGGCGGACAACGUGCUCGUCCUUAUCGCCCAUGACCGGAGCGUUGUUGCCAACCACACCGGUCCUUCUGGUGGACUGCCGUAUCACCCACAGAAACUAA